CAUUUAACUCAUAAUUUACCUCAGAAACAUAGGAAAAAAUCAUAUAUGGUUCUGAUACACCGGCAUGUGGGUGAGUCUUCCCAACUUGGUGCCUUCCGGAUGUGUUGGACUACAACUACCAAAGUUCCCAGCUAGCAGGAGUAGCUGGAGGUGCUGGGAAUUGUAGUCCAACACAUCUGGAGGGCACCAGGUUGGGGAAGGCUGGCAAAGAGGUACCCACUUCAUGGCACAUGAUGCCACACCACCACCGCCAGGGCCCAUCCCCCAGGCCUUUCCUAGGCCAAGAAGGUCUCAGAAGAUAGUUUCAGUUUUGUCGGAACCAAAGGAAAACUACUUCUACUGCCUCCUUUCACUCUUGCUUUCCUGUAAUUGCAGAAGGGAUGUCGGAACUGGAAAAGGCCUUCCGUCAGUUUGCCGUAUAUGGAGACACAGCUGCCACCGGCCAUGACAUGACUGGCAAGAACUUUUCCAAGAUGUUGAAGGAGUGUGGUGUAAUGGACGGGAAGGCUGUCACCUCCACUGACGUGGACAUCGUCUUCAACAAAGUCAAGACCAAGGGUGCCCGUAACAUCACGUAUCCAGAGUUCCUGGAAGCCAUCAAGGAACUGAGUGUGAAACGCUUCAAAGGGAAGUCCCCUGAGGAGGCUUUGGAGGCCACACACAAGUUGAUGGAGGGCCAGGGGCCAGGCAACGUGGGGGCAACGAAAUCUAUCCAGGCCGGUGCGGUGGAGAGACUGACAGACACCAGCAAAUAUACGGGCGCUCACAAGGAACGUUUUGACGAGAGCGGAAAGGGCAAAGGGAUAGCCGGACGUGCAGACCUGGCCCAAAACACUGGCUAUGUCGGGGCCUAUAAGGGUUCUGGCACGUACGACAAGAGCCACUAGUUGUGGGCUGGAGGCUCCUGAGAGCCAUGCCCUGUCAUCCUGGGCCAUGGAAGG